AUGGACGAGCUCCCACGCUCAUCGAAAAGGAGGAAACUCGAUGCACCGCGCGGUGAUACAACAAGCCCACUCGUCAAAAGCACACUUCGUAAAACGUCUACGCGCUUGACAAAUCGCAACACCGCGGAAAAUGGUACAGAGGUUCCUGAGCCCGAGAUAAAUACAAGCACACCGACCAGAAAAGUCCAGCGGACAGGAAGGGUUUCGAACGCUUCAAGAAAUGAUGCGAACACUACACGGUCUGCAAAGACACCACGAAAUGACGGCGAUGUCUAUGACGAUAUAGAAGGGGCGCUGCCUUCACAUACCGAGUCUCGAGAAUCGACACCCGCGACGAAACCAAGAGCAAGCGCACGCAGGAAAGGCUCACAGCCGUCGGCGGUUCGAGAAACUCCUGCUCGUUCUUCACGGAAGAAGGCAGAUCCUAAGACUACCAACGAGCAAGAUCUGUUGGCUGUGGACGGAAAUAUUCACGAAGUAGAGGUGGAGGCAGAUAUUCAGGAUGAACUAGCAGAAGACAUCCCACCAUCUCCAAAGCGGACACGGAAACCCCGUGCGACUAAGGCUUCUGAGGUUGACGACAGCGAAGUUCAGAAAAAGACCCCAGGGAGGGCAACUGGGCGUACAACGAGAAAAAAACAAGGCACGAAGGAAGGUGGACUAGAUGAGGAAGAACUUGGAAACAAUGACAAGACGAGGGCGAUGCCUUCUAGGAGUCGAGCCACCACAAAGGUCGCGGCAGGACGAAGAUCACAGCGGCCAUCGGCUACUACAGAGGACGAUGAACAUACUCCCACAAUACCCGAAUCGGAGAGUAAUAUGGAUGAGCAGGACCCACCACACAAGUCAACUACACCUAAAGAGAGACGUCGCGCCAACCGUGCAGAUCACAUCAACAACCAAGACGAUGCUACUAACACGGACGAGAAUCUCCUUGAGGACGAGAUGGAUGUAGACGGUGCUAGUGUUGUAGGCAGCGUUCUCGAUCCAACCGAACCGAGUCCGUUCAACAGGCCCAGUCCAGCAACCAAGCCCAUACCACAGUCGAAGGAUAUAUCCGCUUUAUUACACCUAGACCAUUUUUCUAGCCGCGAGAUGUCCCUUCUGAAGUCAAUUUGUUUGGAACGUAUAACAGGAAAGCGGUCGGCCCCCUUGAUUGGGCUAGAAGAAGAGUAUAAAACUGUCCACCAGCUCAUCGAGCAGACGGUUGCGGCAGGAGAGGGCAACUCUAUGCUUUUGAUAGGUGCUCGCGGGAGUGGGAAGACGACAUUGGUGAACAAGGUGCUUUCAGAAGUAUCAAAGGACAAUAGCCAAGACUACCACGUCGUUCGACUGAACGGAUUCAUUCACACAGACGAUAAGAUAGCCCUUCGUGAGAUUUGGCGACAACUUGGAAAAGAGAUGGACAUUGAGGAGGAUGGAGGAUUGGGCAAGAACUAUGCCGAUACCCUCACUACGCUCCUGGCGCUGCUCUCGCAUCCUUCGGAGCAGACUGGUGAGUUCACAGAUCAGGUGGCAAAAGCUGUUAUUUUCGUCAUGGACGAAUUUGAUCUUUUCGCUUCGCACCCUCGCCAGACACUGUUGUACAAUUUGUUCGAUAUUGCACAGUCCAGGAAGGCACCUAUCGCUGUCCUCGGGCUCACCACUCGAAUCGAUGUCGCAAACAGUCUGGAGAAGCGUGUAAAGAGUCGGUUCAGUCAUCGAUACGUUCACUUGUCUCUUGCAAAGAGCUUCACGGCCUUCUCGGAAAUAUGCAAAGCAUCGCUUCUCGUCCAGCCUGACCAGCUCACCAUUGAGGAGCGUGCCAUUUUAAGUUCAACUCCAUCCAAGUCUGCCCGAAAGCCCACCAAGCAAGCUGCGAAAUCAAACAUCCUCACAGAGUGGAACACAAGCAUAUCCGUAAGUCCAACCCUCCCACCAGACCCAUCCACAAAACCCCCAGAGCAGCACACUGAACAACACCCACAGACACUCUUCGCAUCAAAAUCUUUCCUAACCUCACACCUCGCACCCCACUACUACCGCACCAAAUCCGUCCCAUCAGUCCUAACCUCCUUCCUCCUACCAACCGCCACCCUCAGCGAGCAAUCCUCAGCCCUCAACCCCACAACCGCCCUCCUCCCACCCGACUCCAAACUCGCCCUGAUCCCGCACCUCCCUACCCUCGCCCUAGCCCUCAUCAUCGCCGCCGCGCGCCUAGACAUCAUCCACGACAGCGACACAUGCAACUUCAACAUGGCGUACGACGAAUACGUGACGCUGGCAUCCAAGGCGCGCAUCCAGUCCGCGGCAGGCGGCGCCAGCGCCAGCGGCGUUGUGAGCAAAGUGUGGGGCAAAGAAGUCGCGCGCCGCGAAUGGGAGGCCCUGAUCGAGCUCGGCCUCGUCAUGCCCGUCGUCAGCGGCAUGACGGGCGGGUUCGGAAUGGUGAAGUGCGACGUCGCGCUCGAGGAGAUCGGCGCCGUGCUCCAGGGUGAGAAGGGCGUGGAUAAGGCGCUCGAGAGGUGGUGUAGACAGAUCUGA